UGACUCUCUCACUGGAGAAACACACAGGGAAGACGGUUCGGGGAACGAGGAAGAUGACAAUGGAGGUACUGUAGGUAGCUCACAGCAGCAAGGAAGCGGAGAAACCGGUUUCCCCAACAGCCAGGAUAUGUUUGUGACCCUGGACCUGGAACCAGUAACCCCCGAACUCACCCAAGACCCUCAGGGCACACAGGAGACCUCUGCUGCAAAUGUUUCUCCUUCGCAGAGGCUCGUGAACAUUAGAAAGAGAAAACGUAGGACGAGGGACGAUAUGUUCACGGAGCUGCAGAUGUCCUCCCACGCUGAUAGAGCACAGCAGAAUGCGUGGAGGCAGUCAAUGUCGGAGAUGAGAAAAGCCCAAUAUGAACGAGAGGAGAGGUGGCGGGCUGAAUCGCGGGAUGAACAGAGCAAGUGGCGGGCUGAAGACGAUAGGUGGCGUCAGCUUGCAGACAGAUGGCAAGAGGCAAUGCUCCGUCUGCUGGAGCAUCAAACUGAUAUGCUCGAGCGUAUGGCUGAGUUGCAGGAAAGGCAGCAGGAUACUACACCAGGGCAAGAGGCACAAGUGGAGUCUACAGGAGAGCGUCAGCCAUCAACUUACCGCAGUGAAGACAAUGUGGUGAACAGAUAUAAACAACCUCAGCAGUUAAGGAAAACCUUCAUUCACUGCCUUCCUUGCAAAGAGUGGAAUAAGAAGAACUCCAAAUUGGCUGUUUUUGAACAACAACAAAUCACAUCAAAUUCACAUGGGAAAAAGAAUGAAAGAAAAGUGAAUGAGAAUUGA